GUAACGCUAGCUAGCUUCGGAGCUUCUGCUGCCUGUCAUCCACGCUUCUGCGGAUUCACUAUUUCACUUAAACAAAUCCAGAUCAAAAUUAAUACACUUAAACCACAACGGUAAGCCCGCUCAAGUUACUGCGAGCAUUAACUAACGUCUGGUAGUCUGACAGUUACAACACGGAGCUGUCAGCUGGUGGUGUGAGUUUCUAACGCGUGGUUCUGGGAAAUAAAAACAACAUAACUAGCUAGCUUCAUGCUCAACUUACCUUUGACUUACGCAGGUAUUGUUAUUUUGGCUAACCUUCCUAACCGUGGUUGCUAGCUAACGUCACAGAGCACAGUUAAAUUUGCAUUUGGCUAAAGUUGUAUUUAUUUUUGACGUUUCUGUUAGUUAGGUCAGUAAGAAGUUAACUUCAUCACACAGUCAACAAGACCCACCCCUCUCUGUCCACCCUGGCGUUUCCUUGUUUCGAUGGCAUUUAUCUCCCAAAGCAAGAAAAUGAAUUCGUGCAUCAUGUCAUGGAUGAGCUGGAAACAUACCAACAGAAGAGCAACCGCAAGAGUGUGCUCCUGUUCCCUCCUCUACCCAGCAGACUGCGGUACCUGAUUCACAAAACCACAGAAGACCUUCCAGAGCUCACCACCUUCUCAGUGGGAGAAAGCUGGUGUCGCAGGGUGGUGAUCUGCUAUUCGGAGCUCAGGGGUGAGAUUGAGGAAGAAAGUGACUUGGAGAGCAACAACAGUAUGAAUGAAGAGCCUCUAAGAAGUAAGGAGGAGAUGGACGUCUUUGCUAAACCUAAAUCUUCAAUACCAUCCCGAAGCCGAGGACCUAAGAGGCCGGACAAACCUCUUUACAUGCCGCGAGCUGCUCGGGAGAGACUGUCCUUGCAAAACCCGCAAGAACCUACGGCGUACAAAGAGUUGCCAAGUCCAGCCUCUAACAGCUGUAUCAGCUGUUCCACUGACUCUUGUUCCUGUUGUGAAACUACAGAAAACUCCUCAUCCACAUCCAGACAGGAAUCUGUCCCCAGUGUAACAGACGGUGUCCUCAACCAUACUGUGGACAGUUCAGCUCAUUGUCCUCAGGAGGAGAAACAAAACUUGGUGCUGAGCCUGCAUGAAGCUGAGCCCCUUUUAUGGGACCAGACUGUGUCCUGCUUCUCUGACAUGAGUCUGGAGGAGGGCGUGAAAGACAAAGAAGACCUCGCUAGUGUGGCAUACAGCUCCCAGAUAGAAGACAUCAGCACAGACGCAGAUGAUGAUGUAACUGAAGAGAUUAAGGCUCACCUGAAAGAGGCAGUGUCUUUUUCCAUCGAGCACGUCCACAACGACUACUCUAUUUAUGAGAAUGUGUGCAUCAACCCGCAUGAGUUUCGUCAUGUGAUCGAGAUCUAUGACUUCCCGUCUGUGUUCAAAACAGAUGACCUUCUGGAUGCUUUCACAGACUACAGUGAUGGUGGGAUGAAGAUCAAAUGGGUGGACAACACACAUGCCCUGGGGGUUUUUUCCAGCGAGUCAGCAGCACUCCAUGCUCUCUCCAUCUGUCACCCGCUGCUGAAGGCACGAGCACUGGCUGAAGGGAGUAAAAAAGCCAAAGGCAAAGCCGUUAGACGAGCAGAGUUUAUCCAGCCAGUGAAGGAACGUCCCAGGACAGACUGUGCUGUUGCCAGGCGGAUGGUGACCAGAGCUCUGGGGCUGCAGGGACGAGGCAGAGUGCAGCGAUACUGAAGAGAAGGGCUUACACUUCAUCUACAGACAGGUCCAGCAGAGGUCUGCCUGCCUCUGAAGAGGCUCUACAGUGGCCACAAACCACUUAGCUGAUCAUUAAGAGUAUGACUGCCGUCCACCACUGUUCGCCUGCUUCACUGCUUCACUGAAUCACCACCAGCCUCAAAGUUGUUGUUCUGAAGCUCAACUUGACCCCCUGACCUUUGGUCAUGACUGUUGUGGUUUCUGUUUUUUAUUGUUAGGAUCUCUCAUAUUAAGGCAGUGUUAGAUCAGAGUUAGAUGUAAAAGAAACAAUGAAAUAUGAAACAUUCCAACACAAACAGUGAUUUCAGAUCGAUAAAGGGACAACGGAAAAAACUGGAGAAGCUUGUGCGCUUGUUUUAAUUUGAUUGCAUGUUGCCUUGAAGCUAAAGUGCAUUUCAAGGUUGUUUAACUUCCAGGCAGGGUGUGGUUUUUUGUUUCCUCCUUCUCCAGGUGAUCCAGGACUGGUCGCAUAAUUUUAUGUAAGCAGUAAUUCUUUUCUAACUUUAUGUCAGUUUUCUCCACAGAUUAAUUCUCAGGAUUUGGUUAAAGGAAUCUAUUUUGUUGUGUGCUGUAGUUACAGACAGAUUUUUAUAUGGAGUGCAAAACUCCCUGCAGAUAAAUGUAAGGUAGAUCCAUUAACAGAAGCAGAAACUGUUUAAAAAAACAAAAACAAAACAAACAAAACACUAAAUAUUGUUUUCAAAAGCCAGCAUCUCAAGAGAGAUAUAGUUAUAAAGAAAAACACAUAACAAGCAGUGUUAUACUGGACUCAGUUGAUAUUUUCUAAUGUUUUAGUUCAUUUUAAAACUUUUUAUUUUUGUAAACAAUUUUAAAGAUUUUCGGUUGUUCUUAAUAUUUAUUUUAUUCCUCUAAAUAACAAAAAAAAACUACCUUGCCUCAGAGGCAACGUGUUCAAGUUCACUCCACGUUACAGAAAACUAGAAGAUUGCUGAAUGUUUUGCUCAAUUAAAGUCUGAACAUUGGAAACUUGAAUGUUCAGCCCUGUGAACAUGUUACUGUAAUGAUAUUGAGGAAAGUUUGUCUUUAGUACAACUGAAAUGGGCAUUUUUCCUGAAAUGAUAUUUUGUGCCUGAUUUGAGUUUGACAGCACCCGUUCUGUGGUAUGUCUAUGCAUUACCAUGUCAGUUACCUGUAGAUUUGAACUAAUCUACAAUAUUGAGUAAUGUCAGGGAAUAGAAAACUUGAUUGUAGCAUUAAAUGCAGCACGGUAAUAUAAAAAUAUGAAAACUGUACAUGGUUUUUAACUUGAUAGGUUGUAAGUUUCAGUGUUGUAAAUUUUUCUAAUAAACAUACAUUCACCAAGCACUUUAUUAGGAACACCUGACACCAAACCUGCUUAUUCGUGCAAUUUUAUCCAGUAAGCCAAUCAUGUGGCAGAAGUGUUAUGCAUCAAACUGGGCAGAUAUAGGUUAGGAGCUUCGAUUAAUGUUCACAUCUACCCAGUAUUACCCAGUCUAUCUACCCUAGCCAGUGUUUGUAUGGUGCUUAUAAUGUGCUAUGUUUUGGUUCUAAUUCAGCACAUUGGAUUUAAAAUGAAACAGUGUUAAAUGUUAAUUAUCUUAAACUUUAUUAAGAGGAUGUUUACACCUAAAGCAGAUAAAUAGUGUAAAAACUGGUUUGGUUUGAGAUUCUUUGUGUUCAAGUAAGUUGUGUUAGUAAAUGCUUUUAUGAAAUCAGUUCUAAUGCUGCCUAAUUUUAUGAACUUGAUGUAUUAUGAUUGCAGUUAAUAUCAUUUUAACCCAAAUGCAGAGCAGAUUAUCCUUAUAAGAUAGAAGUCUCACCUAUACGACAGUUGUACGUCCAUAUCCGUUGUCCAUCGUACCGGGAGCGACACUUCAUAAUAU